AUGGUUUUAGAGCCCCAACGAGGUGAAUACGUGGAGAGGCAGCUCUGCCGCGAUGCCAUCCUGCCCAUGCCGGUCAUCUGUGAGGUGCCUUGCCCAAAGGACUGUGCCCUGAGCCCCUGGACCCCCUGGUCCCUGUGCUCUAACACUUGCUCUGGAAAAAACACCGAGGGCAAACAGACGAGAGCUCGCUCCAUCCUGGCCUACAAUGCAGGAGAAGGUGGAAUCCAGUGUCCAAACGCCAGCGCCCUGCAGGAGGUGAGGAGCUGUAACGACCAUCCCUGCACCGUGUACCACUGGCAGACCGGCGCGUGGGGGCAGUGCAUAGAGGACUCAUCCAUCCCGGCCACCAACGCGUCUGCAGGUCGGACGCGUGGAGAUGAUGCUUCGUGCUCGGUUGGGAUGCAAACUCGCAAGGUCAUCUGUGUCCGGGUCAACGUGGGCCAGGUUCCCCCGAAAAAGUGUCCAGAGAGUCUGCGCCCAGACACCGUCAGGCCCUGCUUACUGCCGUGCAAGAGAGACUGCAUCGUCACCCCGUACAGCGACUGGAGCCCGUGCCCAUCAACAUGCAGAGCAGGUGGUAACAUCAAGAAGAAGCAGUACAGAAAACGUAUCGUCAUUCAGUCACCAGCCAAUGGAGGACAAGACUGUCCUGAGGUUCUGAACCAGGAGAGAGAGUGUGAUGCUCCAUCUGUCUGUCAAGGAUACAGAUGGAAAACCCACAAAUGGCGUCGAUGCCAGCUUGUUCCAUGGUCAGUUCGUCAGGACAGCCCUGGAGCUCAGGAGACCUGUGGGCCUGGCUUGCAGAUUCGGGCUGUUUCAUGCCGGAAGCAGGAUGGUGGACAGGCAGACAUUGAAGCUUGUUUAAAGUUUGCCAGCUCCAUGCCGCCUCUCACGCAGCCCUGCCAGCUGCCCUGCCAGGAAGACUGUCAACUCAGCAGCUGGUCCAAAUUCUCUCCCUGCUCAGCUGAUUGUGUGGGCGUCAGGACGCGCAAGAGGAUGCUCAUUGGGAAAAGUAAAAAGCGUGACCAGUGUAAAAACAACCAAGUGUAUCCUCUAAGUGAGACCCAGUACUGCCCAUGUAACAAGUACAACGCCCAGCCUGUGGGCAACUGGUCAGACUGUGUCCUACCUGAGGGUGGCCGAGUUGAGGGUCAACUCGGCAUGAAGGUCCAAGGAGAUAUCAAGGAGUGCGGCCAGGGUUAUCGUUACCAGGCCAUGGUGUGCUACGACCAGGACAACCGCAUCGUCGAGACCUCUCGCUGCAACAGCCAUGGAUACAUUGAGGAGGCUUGCAUCAUCCCGUGCCCUUCUGACUGCAAACUGAGUGAGUGGUCCAACUGGUCACGCUGCAGCAAGUCCUGCGGCAGCGGGGUGAAAGUACGCUCCAAGUGGCUCAGGGAAAAACCUUACAACGGAGGGAGACCGUGUCCCAAACUGGACCACGUCAACCAGGCUCAAGUGUACGAGGUGGUGCCAUGCCUCAGUGACUGUGGGCAGUACGUCUGGGUGGCCGAGCCUUGGAGUGUGUGGAAGGUCAGCAAUGUGGACCUGAAGGAUAACUGCGGUGAGGGUGUUCAGACCAGGAAAGUCAGAUGUAUGCUAAACACGAUAGACGGGCCCUCGGAGCAGGUGGAGGACUACCUGUGUGACCCGGAGGAGAUGCCUCUAGGGGCCAGAAACAGCCGGCUGCCCUGCCCUGAGGACUGUGUGUUAUCAGACUGGGAAGCCUGGAGCCCCUGCCCGCUG